GUUCGUCACAGAUGUAUUUUCGUGUUGUUGCUGGUUGCAUUGAAUUUCCCCAACUGCAGGCUAAAAAACAAAUAAAUGAGGCAAUUGGUGCCAAACAUUCCGCGACCACGCAACAAAUAGCAGCCAAGCAGCACGUGCCACUUGUGCCAAAAAUAAAACCGGAGGAAAAAGGCGGCGAAAUCGGUUUUCCUCGCUUGUGACAUUGAACAACAUUCGCGGGUGCAAAAAUAAAUCUAGGAAAUAAAACCCACACAAAUAAAAAGCGAUAUCAGCUGUUCACCAAGUGCGUGCCACGGAAAAAAUUCAUUAUUAAUUGUGCCAUCGGGCAGAGAGGUGUUUUCCACAUUCCCCCGCAGCGAAUCGACUUUUCCGGGCAGCUAAAACUGGAAAUUGCAAUCAUCGCGCAUUUAUUCGAGUGUUGUGUAACCGAAGUCUGGGAAAAUGAGCGCUACGAGUGGACAAGAUGCUCCAAAGAAGGCGGCGGCCUCUAAUGCCAUUAAGUUCUUGUUUGGCGGUUUAUCAGGAAUGGGAGCCACGAUGGUGGUGCAGCCCCUUGAUUUGGUCAAGACGCGCAUGCAGAUCUCAGGAGCUGGCAGUGGCAAGAAGGAGUACCGAAGCUCCCUUCACUGCAUUCAGACCAUUGUUAGCAAGGAAGGACCUUUGGCUUUGUACCAGGGCAUUGGAGCUGCUCUGCUGAGACAGGCCACCUACACCACUGGAAGGCUGGGAAUGUACACCUAUCUGAAUGAUCUCUUCCGUGAACGCUUCCAAAGGGCUCCUGGCAUAACGGACAGCAUGGCCAUGGGAACCAUCGCCGGCGCCUGUGGUGCCUUUAUAGGAACCCCAGCGGAGGUGGCGCUGGUGCGCAUGACCUCCGAUGGCCGGUUACCAGUUGCUGAGAGGAGGAACUACACGAACGUGGCCAAUGCUCUGGCUAGGAUCACCAAGGAGGAGGGCAUUACGGCUCUCUGGAGGGGCAGUCUUCCCACUGUGGGUCGCGCCAUGGUCGUGAACAUGACCCAACUGGCCAGUUACUCCCAGUUCAAGACAUACUUCCGCAACGGACCCCUGAAAAUGGAGGAGGGCAUCAAGCUGCACUUCUGCGCCAGCAUGUUGAGUGGCCUGCUGACCACAAUCACUUCCAUGCCGCUGGACAUUGCCAAGACCCGAAUCCAGAACAUGAAGACGAUCAAUGGCAAGCCGGAGUACCGCGGCACUGCCGAUGUCCUGUUGAGAGUGGCCCGUCAGGAGGGAGUCUUCGCUCUGUGGAAGGGAUUCACCCCCUACUACUGCCGCUUGGGUCCGCACACUGUGCUGACCUUCAUCCUGCUGGAACAGCUCAACCAGGGCUACAACAAGUACGUUCUGGGCGUGAACAAGAGCACUGGCCUGUAAAUUCAACCAUAUGAACAAACCAUUAACGAACGAUGAAACAUGCGUGUAUAUACAACGUUAAGUUUGAAACAAACUUAGGGCAUUUAAAUGUCGGCAAUUCCGGUGACAAUAUUACAUGAUAACGACUAGCUUGAAUGUUGAAACAGUUUUUUGUAGCGCCAUAAGUAUAAAGUGGAUUCUCAAUAAAGCACAAAAUGUUAUAAAAA